AUGUCUUCCUUGCACGAUAAAAAGAAGAUGAGUGGGUCAUGUGUAGAGACUCCGGAAGCGCCGGCUUGGCUAUCAAAACUCGAAAGUCAAAGAGAAAAAUUAAGUAAAGCCCGACUUGGUCAUGAUAGCGGCGCCGGGGCCCCUUGCAAUUCUUGCGGCCCAUCAUGUCCUGGAUUAGAUUUACAUUUUUGGAGGAAAGUGUGCCGCUCCUGUCACUGCAGCAAAGACGUCCAUGAUGUUCAAGAUGAUGAUUUAUCUGGAUGGGCGCAGUUUGAAUUACUUGGCACUGCAAAACCUAAAAAGGGUACAUUACCGCUGAUCAAAAUUCGUGGAGUAACAGACAAGCCAGUCAAACUUGACUGGGUGCCGCCAAAUGCUUCUACUGAGUUGGUAUCGGACUACAUGUCAUGUCUCGGGCCUUUGGCGCCGGUUUCUGGGUCUGAGGCGGCGAGGAAGAGACGAGCACAACUGAGGACGCAGUUGCCACCGCAUGAUGUCGCUCCUGCCGUCAGACAACACGCGACAGACUUCGAGAAAUCGGAACAUACCGAAUACAUAACGCGCAUCAAAGACCAUGUCGUGGGUAUGGGUAACGUCGUCAGAGUUGGACCACUUCAGAACGGUGAGGUCAUCUCUAUCGAGAACAGCAAGAUCCAUUCUGCACCCAAAUCUUACGCUCUACCUCUCAAAAUAUCUAACGUGUCUAGAGGAGUCAAAUACAACAUUGUGCCCAAAAACGCUUCUGACAAAAUACUUGUUUUGGAUUCGCAAGGAAAUGUUGUCAGCAGUGCUGCGAACCUUCCAGAUUACAAAUCAAGUCCUAUACUAUCUCGCAUAGUAAAAGAUAAACUCCAUAUUAUGCGUAUUGAAUCAGAUCGCAUCAAGAGUGCUGUUGAACAUGGCCCAGUUUACGAUAAAUUGUUCAAAAAUUUAGAUGAUCUGAACAUACCUGUCAGCAAUGAUGUAUACUUACAACCCAUUAAACUCUUCCGUGAGGAAUAUAACAACAAUCCUCAGUUCAAAGAAGAAACAAAUGAAUUCUCCAGUAAAUCUCUUGGAGCUCAAAUCAUGCCAGACUUGUGGUCGGCUAGCAAUAAUAAUGUAAUGAAUACUGCAAAGUUGUUGGAUAGUAGAAUACAGAAGGGGACAAUAUUUGCCCCAAAUGGAGAAAUAUGGAGCUGGAAACAUGAGCCAGUAACUCCAGAGCAUAGUGGCACUCUACGUUCAACGAAAAUUAAUCCACAAUACUCUACGGUCACAAAACCAAUCAAUCAGGUUGAACCACAGCAGACAACACCUUUGAGGGAGUAUCUUCGAAGUCAAUCUGAAGACGACCUCCCGCCGCCACCAAUGCCAAACUAUAAUACUUAUCCUGGUGCUAUUCCACCAUCGCCAACUAAUUUAGAAUGGAAUAAUCACCCUGUAGACAAUAUUCAACCCACGGAAAAUCUUGAAUUUCUGGCGCAAGCAAAGGUCUAUUCAGAGAACCCAGAUCAGAUUAUUAAUCAGCUAUCAGACUUAACUCUAAGUCCUGAUGAAAUAGAAUUCAACAGGAAACUAUACAAUGAAGGUGUUCCAUGCCAACGUUGUGAAAAAUCGAUGUUCGCUGGCGAAGUGGCGGUUAAAGCUGAAAGGGCUGGCCAAGAAGCUAUUUGGCAUCCACAGUGCUUUACUUGCAGCAAAUGUGGUGAGCUGCUCGCUGACCUUGUCUACUUCUAUUACAAGGGAGAGAUAUACUGUGCUAGAGAUUUGGCAAAUGUUUUGGAGAUUCCACGUUGUGCUGGUUGCGAUGAGUUGAUUUUCACUCGUCCUUAUACUGCUGCAGAAGGCAGAGCAUUCCAUGUGCAACAUUUCUGUUGUUAUCACUGCGAUGCCCCGCUCGGUGGGAAAAAAUAUGUACCCGAUGACAAGACUGGCCUUCCAAUAUGUUUACAGUGCUAUGAUCAGUUUUAUGCUGAACGUUGUCGUGCUUGUGGUGGCGUCAUUGGACCAGAGCAACAAGGAGUGUCAUGGGGCAAUACACAUUGGCAUGCAGACUGUUUUAUUUGUUCUGGUCGAAUGUGUGGUAAAAGUUUACUAAGUGGUCGCUUCGUUGUCAAACAAGAGAUGCCAUUUUGCAGUGUGCCAUGUGUUCAGAGCAGGAUAAAGUAG